AUGUUUUGGAACGCUAAAGUUUUUUUUAUCGCAAUAUAUUUCUCCGUCGUAACAUCAGAAUCAAAUAGAGAUCGCCAUCCUAGACGGAAAAAUGAGCGUUUGGAUAGUUCUUUAUGGAAGAAAGAAUAUGAAACUGAAUUGAACGAUGCUUUGCUUACCUCGAAGAGGGCGAAAAACCUUACUAGGUUCCCUCAAUCCACUUCAUCAGACAACGAGGCGGUGAUCGAAAGAUUAAUGGAAACAAUAACUUCUAGUGAAAGAUAUCUCAAAAAGAUCGAAAGUAUUGAUUUCCGUUUAAACAGAUUAGACAUCGAAGUACACGAGAAGUCAAAUUUGAUGUUGAAACGUUUGACCGAAAUCAAUACGGCAUUACAAAAUCAGGGUUCAGAAAAAGUGGAUACAAAUCUUGAUUCGUUAAAGGCCGACGUAGGACAGCUAAAAUAUUAUUUUGAAAACAAACUAGGUCCGGUAAAUAAAGUUGAAGACGGCAGCUGUAACUUGGAAGGUGCACUCGACAGUCGACUAUCGUUUUUGGAAACCAAUAUGAAAACUGUGUUGAAUGGUGUUGAAGCAAUAACAGCGGUCAUAUCGGAGGUGAAAAACCGGCAGAAACUUAGAACAUUCAACAAAAACGAUCAAAUCACUGGAACCUUAGACGCCACAACAUUAAUCAGUGAAUUCAGGAGAGUAUUGAUGGAACAAAAACCUAAAAAAUGUGAUUGCAAAUUGGGUCGUGUUGAUCGUUCAGAGAGGUAUCCCACCGACUGUCAAGAGAUACAAGCCCAAGGUUUUAACGUCACUGGCAUAUACAAGAUCAAGCCCGAAGACAUGGAACCUUUCUAUGUGCUGUGUGAUCUCAAUACAGUUGGUGGAGGGUGGACGGUAAUUCAAAAUCGUUUCGAUGGAUCCCAAGACUUUUACAAAAAUUGGAACGAAUACAAACACGGUUUUGGUAACUUGGCCAGCGAGUUCUGGCUUGGUUUGGAGAAAGUGUAUUAUCUAACGAAUCAGAAGUUAUACGAGUUGAGAGUGGAAAUGGAGACACAGAUCGGACAAGAGGCUUCGGCUACGUUUUCUGUUUUCACCAUCGGACCUGAAUAUGAGUCCUACAGAAUAAGUACGCUUGGUACUUAUCGAGGGAAUGCCGGUGAUUCGUUGUCGUAUCAUGCUGGUCAAAAAUUUUCAACCUAUGAAGUUGAUAACGACGAAUGGAAAGAUGGUUCGUGUGCGGUCGAACAUGGCGGUGCUUGGUGGUAUAAGGAAUGUGACAAAAGUAACUUGAACGGUAAAUACCUGAGUGGAGCAGAGGAGAACAACGGUCAAGCUGUUUAUUGGAUCUCAUUCAAAGGACCGAACUCACCUCUAUCAAAGACUAGGAUGAUGAUAAGACCUCUGCCGGCCAGUCGACCACAGGAAUACACUGAACAAUUGAGGAAGUUAUCUGAGAGUCCGAAACCAGAUGUAAAGCGAGUCCGCGGCAAGGAUAUGAAGAGUCCGUACGACAGCGGUCGCUCCCGAGCACCUUAUAGAUAUGAAGACAGCGUACGCCAGGAAGUUUUCUUCCCGAACUAUACGUAA